GGCCUCCGGGGCGCUGGCGGGCGGGGCGGGGCCUGUAGUUAGCGGCGAGAGUGACUGGAGGACAGGGGUGGUUUCGGCAGUGACGCCUGGGGAGUGACGCAAUUGCCCACCUGUGCAGUGAUGUCACGGCAGGUGCGGCCAGCGUUCCGAGUCGAGGACAGUUGGCGACACUGAAAAUUCAGCGUCUCCGGGAGUCUCUCUCUUUGUAGUCUUUGCCUAGGGUCUUGCCAGGCAAAGGGUAGCCCGACGACCAGCAGCCUCCGCUACUUCUGGGCGCUCGCUAGAAAUACAGAUUCUCGGGCCCCACCCCGACCUACUUGCUUAUGGAAGAAGAAUCAGUGUCAGAUUUCGCAGUUCAGGAAUGACUUUAGACAAUAUCAAUCGGGCAGCUGUGGAUCGAAUAAUCCGGGUGGAUCAUGCAGGCGAAUAUGGAGCAAACCGCAUCUAUGCCGGGCAGAUGGCCGUCCUGAGUCGGACCAGCGUCGGGCCAGUCAUUCAGAAAAUGUGGGAUCAAGAAAAGGACCAUUUGAAAAAGUUCAAUGAGUUGAUGGUUACGUUCAGGGUCCGGCCGACAGUUCUGAUGCCCUUGUGGAACGUGCUGGGGUUUGCACUGGGGGCGGGGACCGCCUUGCUCGGGAAGGAAGGUGCCAUGGCCUGCACCGUGGCAGUGGAAGAGAGCAUAGCACAUCACUACAACAACCAGAUCAGGACGCUGAUGGAGGAGGACCCUGAAAAAUACGAGGAACUUCUUCAGCUGAUAAAGAAAUUUCGGGAUGAAGAGCUUGAGCACCAUGACAUAGGCCUCGACCAUGAUGCAGAAUUGGCUCCAGCCUAUGCCGUCCUGAAGAGCAUUAUCCAGGCUGGAUGCAGAGUGGCGAUAUAUUUAUCAGAAAGAUUAUAAAGUGUGUCCAGUUUUGCCUGUCUAUAAAAGAUGAUAGUAAUUUACCAAGUGACAUUUGCAGAGAAACAGGUGUACAGUUAUCGUUGUACUUUUGUACAAUGUGAAUUUUGUUAAUAAAUUAUAAGGUUUGUUUUUUUUUUUUAAACUCUGCAGUGUUGAUUUUUCUCUGGGUUGUUUUUUCUGCCAUGAGACCAACAGGUCACCAGCCUUGUUCAAGUUACAGCAAACGAAGCUGGGCCUUGUUUGGUCUCAUAUUUAAUUUUCUUUUAUAUACAUGUUUUUCUUUUACAUGCAUAUAUAUAUAUUUUAUUUUAUUUUAUUUUUUUUGGAGACAGGGCCUCGCUCUUUUGUCCAGGCCAGGUCACAACUCACUGCAGCCUGGACCUCCUAGCCUCAAGCAAUCCACCCACCUCAGCCUUCCAAGUAGCUGGGACUACAGGUGUGCACCACCACAGCUGGCUAAUUCUAUUUUUUUAUAGAGGCGAAGUCUCACUAUGUCGCCAGGCUGGUCUCUAACUCCUGGGCUCAGUGAUCCUCCCGUUUCGACUUCCCAAAGUGCUGGGAUUACAGGUGUGAGCCACUUCACCAGGCCCAUUUUCUCCUAAAACAUCAAGGACAAAUCAUUAAUAAUGUAACAGGAAUCUUUAGGAGAAAAAACAAUUUGGUUUACUGAUAACAAAAGAUAAUUGGAAACAUGAGAGUAUUUGAGAUUGGCCAAGCAGAACUAUGAAGUCCAUCAAGUAAGUCAAAGAUCAUCGUUUCUGUUUUGAAUUGUGGGUGAUAAUGGGUGGGAGAGUGCUACAGUCUGUAUGUCUGUGUCUCCCUAGAAUUCAUACGAUGAAAUCUUCACUCUCAAGUUGAUAGAAGGUGGGGCCCUUGGGAAGUGUGAGGUCAUGAGAGUGGAGCCCUCAUGAAUGGGAUCAGUGCCUUAUGAAAGGCCCUAGAGAGAUACCUCAUCCUCUCCACAGUGUGAGACUUCAAGGGGGAAGUGUGAGACUUCUCUGAGGAAGCAGACCCUUCACAAGCAAAAUCAACCAGCACUUUGAUCACGGACUUCCCAGCCUCUAGGACUGUGAGCAAUAAAUGUUUGAUGUUUAUAAGCCA